CAGCCAUUUUGUCGUGGUUUUAGUUACGAACGGUAAAAAAUUGCAUCUCCCGCCAACAGCGCGAAAGACAAAUUGUCGCCGCAAGAUGGCGGCAUGAAGGCUCUCGGCGAGCUCCGACGAUCUCUAUCAGUCAUCAGUCACGCAAAGCGACAAGCGGUGUAGGGACGGUGAAGAUUGGCGUGCAAGCCUUGAUCUUCUCCAGUUGACUUUUCGCACGCGUUCGUACUACUCGAUUCGCGAUACGUAAGAUUGAAGGAGCAGGAGGAGCAUGCGCCGCAUCGCGCCAGUUCUCUAACAAACGUCCGGAUCAUCCAUAAACGCAUUCGCGAAUCUCGUCUAGGAAAGCGCAAAUAUUAUUCAACAUGGGACGAACGGUAACCGUCGCCGUUUGCACGUUAAACCAAUGGGCGAUGGACUUCGAUGGGAACACCAGGAGAAUUUUGCAGAGUAUACAAGAGGCGAAAGAUGCCGGUGCCACUUAUCGAAGCGGUCCCGAACUAGAAGUCUGCGGUUACAGCUGCGAGGACCAUUUCUACGAGUCAGACACGUUGCUCCAUAGCUGGGAGGUUUUGACGACUCUCCUGAAAUCCAGCGUUUGCGAAGAUAUAUUGAUUGACGUGGGCAUGCCGGUGAUGCAUAAGAACGUGACCUACAACUGCAGAGUGGCCUUUCUGAAUCGGCGGAUUUUGCUGAUCAGACCGAAAAUGCGGCUCUGCGAGGACGGCAACUAUCGGGAAUCCAGAUGGUUCUCUCCUUGGACGAAAGAACGCACGGUCGAGGAUUAUUUUCUGCCGCGAAUGAUAUCGCAAGUCACCGGUCAAACAGUAGUGCCAUUCGGUGACGCGGUCAUCGCGACGAGGGACACGUGCGUGGGUUUUGAAAUAUGCGAGGAACUUUGGCACCCAGCUAGCAAUCAUAUUCCGAUGUCAAUGGACGGCGUGGAAAUCAUCGCGAACGGAAGUGGUUCAUACUAUGAGCUACGUAAAGCCUACGUCACCGUGGAUCUCGUCAAGUCGGCUACUUUCAAGGCUGGCGGCUGCUACAUGUUCAGUAACUUGCGCGGAUGCGACGGCGGCAGACUGUAUUUCAACGGUGGUUCCAGUAUCACGCUCAAUGGUAAUAUACUAAAUCGUGGACGACAAUUCGCCCUCGAGGACGUAGAAGUAACCGUUGCCACGUUCGAUCUCGAGGACAUAAGAAAUUACCGAAACAGCAUCAGAUCGCGGUCGCACGCGGCCGCCGCGUCACCUAGUUAUCCGCGCGUAAAAGUCGACUUUGCGCUCACGCCAGAGAAUCUCGUCUCGAAUCCACCGGAUCGACCGAUCGACGGAGUCCAGGAUGUAUACGGCGACGACGAUGGACAUUCAAGUCUCGUACAUCAUACCGCGGAAGAAGAGAUCGCGAUGGCACCUGCGUGCUGGAUGUGGGACUAUUUGAGACGAUCCUGCCAAGGUGGAUUUUUCCUACCGCUGAGCGGUGGCGUCGACUCGUCGUCUUCAGCAUGCAUUGUAUAUUCGAUGUGCGAAAUGAUCGUCGAAUCGGUCAGCAAAGGAGACGCACAGGUCUUAGCGGACAUAAGGAAAAUCGUCGGUGACUGUGAAUACGUACCGGUCGACCCGAAGCAGUUGUGCAACACCAUCCUGGUCACGUGCUAUAUGGGAACGGAGAACUCGUCGGCGGAGACCAAGGCUCGAGCGGCCGAAUUGGCCAGUCAAAUAGGAUCUUAUCAUCAUGGGAUAGUUAUAGAUACCGCGAUAUCUGCGAUUUUAGGAAUCUUCCAACAGGUUACUAAAUUGACACCGAGGUUCAAAGUGCAGGGUGGUUCGCCGAGAGAGAAUCUGGCCUUGCAAAAUGUACAGGCUCGGUUACGAAUGGUGAUCGCUUACUUAUUCGCUCAAUUAAUGUUAUGGGUCAGAGGCCGCCCAGGUGGCCUCUUGGUGCUAGGGAGUGGUAACGUGGACGAAUCCUUACGUGGUUACCUCACUAAAUACGAUUGCAGCAGCGCCGACAUUAAUCCUAUCGGUGGCAUAGCGAAGAACGAUUUAAAGAAGUUUCUCGUGUACUUUAGACACAAACAUGGGAUAUCUGCUUUGGAUAAUAUCCUGGAUGCGCCACCUACCGCGGAACUGGAACCGCUGCAAGCGGGACAACUUGCGCAAUUGGACGAGGUGGACAUGGGUAUGACCUAUAAGGAGCUAUCGGUUUUUGGACGAUUAAGGAAGCAAUAUAUGGCCGGGCCUUUCUCUAUGUUUUGUAGACUCGUGUACAUAUGGGAUCAUUGUACCCCGAAAGAGAUUGCCGAUAAGGUGAAACACUUCUAUAGAUGUUACGCUAUUAAUCGUCAUAAGAUGACGAUAUUGACUCCGGCGUGCCACGCGGAAUCGUACAGUCCCGAUGAUAAUCGAUUCGAUCACCGUCCCUUCCUCUAUAAUCACUCAUGGAAGUGGCAGUUUGCGGCAAUCGACGAACAGGUGAAACGACUCAGCAGCGAAGAGAAGCCGUCCAGACCGCGUAAGGGUGCUCCGAAAGUGCCUGCCAAGCCCAGAUACAUGCCGUUCAGCUCCGUAAUCAGCAAUAAAACGCAUCCUGGAGUAGUAGUUUAACCGUAGCCGUAGAGCACUCUCUUAUCAUUUUGAUAUUGCAGCGCUGCGAUAAAUGGAUGUUUCGCUCUUCGAAGCGAUUGAUCAUGGAUUUUGUGUUCGUUCCCGAUGUUAAUAUUUAGGGAACUUCUCCGUGAGAGGGUGUGUUGCAGCAUUCCAGAAGAUAUUUUGUGAAAUCAUUAUGUGAAAUCUGAAAGAGUAAAUCUAUUAAUAAAGAGUGAUGAUAUAAAGAU